AUGGAAAUCAUUCCUGAAGGUAGACACUUUCGUUUGGUGCAUGAAUCAGAGCUUUCAGAAAUUUUGGUAACUUUAGAGCGCUAUCUGCCGGAAUCAUUAAAGUUUCAUCAAACUAUUAAAACGUACCUGAAUGAUCGUAUUUGGGAUUUUAAGUUUUAUGUUGCUAAAGAUUGGCCCGAAAAACCGAUAAUAUUACAUUUUCCAGGAUGCACGCUUACGCCCCACAACAAUAUAUACCAAACAUUUGGUAUAUUUUGUCCAUCCGCACAAAUCGAACAUGUCGAUCUGAUGCGCACCGAAGAUGUACUUAUAGAUUGGCAGAAGCCAUUGUACCUGAACUUUACGCACAUCGCUAUUAUGAAUCGCCUGGAUGAUUUCUAUUCGAAAAUUGGUCUAAUGGAGCGACUGAGUGGUGAUAUCUAUGUGUGCAACAAGCUGAAUACGGAACUGGAGCUGGAGCCCCUGCCCGAGGAUGCGGAGAUGCGACUGCUGACAUUGGACAAUGUCCAGGGCAUACACGAUCUAUAUCCGGCCAAUGAAAUCGAAUGCGUCAAAUUAUUUGAUAUACUCGUCCGUGUCCUGCCCGGUUUGGGUAUAUUCCGUAAGGAUACCAACGAGCUGGCCGCAUGGAUGGUCCAUUCAUAUUAUGGCGCUAUGUUUUCGAUGCAAACACGUCCAGAUUAUCGACGCAUGGGUUAUGGCAUCCGUCUGGCCAAGGCGUUGACUCAGCUCGUCAUCGAGCGCGGCUACACACCCUUCGUUGUCAUACGUCCACAGAACGAUGCGUCCAGGAAUCUAUAUACAAAACUGGGCUAUGUCAAGGCAUACGAGACGUGCCGUGUGCGUAUGACACCCGAUUGCUAUGAGGAUAGCACCGUGGGCACCAUAAGUAACACAUCCUAUGCCAAGUUUCCGCCACUACCUCAGGGCGAGUGUGUUGUUCCGUUGCGCAAGCAUGUGCCCGGCGAGAGUCAGACUGUGGACGACGAGGGCAUCGAGGAUAUGUUGGCUGAAAAAUGUGAUAUCAGCAACGAAGAGGCUAGAGAGCGUAAGACCACAACUGAUGAGGGCAUCGGAGAGGAUAAGUAGAGUGCGGCUCAAAGAGCUGACACACAGAGAGUUACAGAUUGAUUGGAGCGCUACGCAUAUAUAUAUAUGUAUAUGGAUAUGUAUAUGUACGUAAAGUUGUAAGCACCUAGACCUAGGCGCCCUAUAGGGGGGAGGGUAUGACGAUUGUACUUAUUCAUAUAACAAAUUAUAGCAAGGCACAAGUGGCGUUAAUUUUUUAACAAUUAUAUAAAACAACAACAACAACAAAACUAAAAUGAAUAUCUACAUAGUAUUUACAUGCAUGUAUGUACGAGUAUAUUUAUAGAUGGUAUAUGAAGCUUCCUCACACAAAGCGCAGCGUGUUUUAAUACAAACAAACAAACAAACAAACAACAAAAAAUUGCUAAACGAAUGAAGAAUGUUAGUCGGAAAGGAUUUAUUUUAUAUAUAUAACGAAAACUGAAGAAAGACAACAAAAGCCUAAAUGAUAUUCUACGUAAAGAACUUAAAAAUAAUAAUAAUUCUAAUAAUAAUAGUAAUGGAACACGCUGUUUAUGAUGGUCAGAUUUUAGAGAUGAACAAAAUGAAACUUUUUAAUUUUUUGCUAUAAAUGCUUUUACAAAAUGAAAUCCAACAAUUGUCAUGAAAACGGCUCAGUGCGUACAACAGGAGCGUAUAAAUUUAUUAUAAACUAUUAUAUUAAAACAAAAAAGUAUAUAUAUAUAUAUAUUAAC